GCGAAGAAGCCUGUGGAGCGCGGGCUAGAUCGCCGUGGAGACACACUUAAGGGAACUCACACCAGAGAACGCAAAGCAGGCUCCACUCGGGUGAGCCCGGCGUGCACGGGCCUCUGACUGUAUCCGCCGCCGUCACCCCAGAGAGGUUCUGAGUUACCGAACAAUUGCCCGGACAGAAGCGCCGCCUUGGACGUCUCUCAGUGCCGUCCCUGGUGCAGUGAAGCCUCUCCAGGCUCCGGGCUGAUGGUGUGGCCCUGUCACAAGGGAACCGCGCACCCGGGCUCCGUCACUCUGCUGCACUCAGCUCCCGGGCUGCUCGAGGGGACGACAAGCGCGUCAGAAUUGUGUGCCUGGGAAUCCGUCCAUCUCUGUGGUCACCCCAUUGAAAAAAUGGACGUGGAUCAGUUGGACCUGAAUCCUAGAAUUAUUGCUGCAGUUAAGAAAGCCAAACUGAGGUCAGUAAAGGAGGUUCUGCAUCUUUCUGGACCAGACCUGCAGAGACUGACCCGCCUCUCCGGCCCCGACGUGCAGCGCUUACUGAAGGCGGCCUCCUCACACCUGCAAGGAAGCAGCGUCUGCACAGCGCUCCACCUGCUCCAGCAGGAGGAGCAGUUCCCUGAGCAGCACGAGCGCCUGAGCCUGGGCUGCCCCGUGCUGGACGGGCUCCUCCGCGGCGGGCUGCCCCUGGACGGCAUCACCGAGCUGGCCGGACGCAGCUCCGCCGGGAAGACCCAGCUGGCACUGCAGCUCUGCCUGGCCGUGCAGCUCCCACGGCGACACGGAGGCCUGGGGGCCGGGGCCAUUUACGUGUGCACAGAGGACGCCUUCCCCAGCCAGCGUCUGCAGCAGCUCAUCGCUCAGCAGCAGCGCCUGCGGACAGAUGUCCCAGGGGACGUGCUCAGGAAAAUCAAGUUUGGCCACCAGAUCUUCAUCGAGCACGCAGCCGACGUGGACACCCUGCUGGAGUGCGUGCGUAAGAAGGUGCCUGUGCUGCUGUCGCGGGGUAUGGCCCGCCUGGUGGUCAUCGACUCCGUGGCAGCCCCAUUCCGUUGUGAGUUCGACCAGGCGGCCUCGGCCCUCAGGGCCCGGCAUCUGCAGGCGCUGGGGGCCGAGCUGCGCCGGCUGAGCUGCACCUUCCGGAGCCCCGUGCUGUGCAUCAACCAGGUGACGGAAUCCACAGAGGAGCGGGGUGUGGCAGCCGGGCCGCCGGGUGUCGGGGGAGAGCGGGCUUCUCCGGCCCUGGGCAUAACCUGGUCCAACCAGCUCCUGGUGAGGCUGAUGGCCGACCGGCUGCGCCCUGAGGAGGCCGCCUCCGCCGCGCCCCGCCGCACCCUGAGGGUGCUCUCCGCCCCCCACCUGCCGCCUUCGUCCUGUUCCUACACGGUCACCGCCGAGGGUGUGCGGGGGACACCUGGGACUGAGUCCUGCUGACGUGUGGCCCUCCCUCUGGUUAGGGUCCCCUCAGGUACCAGGGGCUGCCCCCACCCCCGCCGGCUGCUGCA